GUCUUGUUAACAACUUACCAACAAUUGUAUCAAAGACUUUCUGACGGGUCGAAAAUAGAAGAACAUUGUAUUAAAUUCAAUAGAAGAAAGACAUGAAUGUCUUUGACGAAGCUUUCUGGCGUUCCACGAAAAUGCAUUUAGUGGCAAGCGGAGCAUGGCCCUUUCAACGACCUCUUUAUGGCAUCCUUCUCAGAUGCAUGGUCUUUUCUUUCGUCGAAAGUAUCAUGAUCCUUGAAAUUAUCAGGCUAUUUUACGUCGCCGGGGAUUUGAUGAUGACACUCACCGUUUUACCGGUUAUCCUUUACGUCGCGGUUAUUAUACAAGUCUCAGUUACGAGUAACCACGUCAAUCUAAAUAAGACAAAACGUUUAUUGCUGAUAGUCAAAAACUGCUGGGAGUCUGAUUUAUUGGACAAAAUAGAAAUUGAAUUGUUGCGUAGCGAUGGCCGUAAACAUGGCGAUGCAAUGUAUACUUAUUAUCUUCUUUAUUGUUCCCAACCUGCGGUUUAUGCGCUGACAACACUGGCGCCCAUUAUUCUCGAUAUAACGUCGCCGUUGAACGAAACAAGAGAAAGAUUUUUCGUUUUUGCUGAAAUGUACGGGGUAGAUGCACAAGAAUAUGCAUUUUAUAUUCAUAUACAUCACUUUGCAGCGUUGUCAGUGUUUACGUGGGCGUUUGUUGCGUUCAAAGCUAAUUAUUGCACGUUAAUUCAACAUGCUUGAAGUAUGUUCGUCAUUAUUGGACGUCGCGUAAGAAUUUUAGGAGAUGGGCUGGAUGUGAUUACUAGCAAUGAAUUGAAAUUAAAGCUCAUUAACAGCCGAGAUCAGUGAUUGCAGUUUCAAUCGGCUUAGCGAAACGAAUGGAAAUUGUGAAAAAAAGUUUUUAGAGAUAAUAGAUAAUU